GAAACAACAUUCUAAAGAUACCAUCCGUCCACAAGGAAGACCGCGGCACUUACUACUGCGUAGCCCAAAACGGAGUAGGAAAAGGUGUAAGGCGUACUUUUUACAUGGAAGUCCAGUUUGCUCCUGUCGUCACUAUACCUCGACCUCGUCUUCAACAGGCCCUUCAAUACGACAUGGAUCUGGAAUGCCACGUGGAAGGUUACCCUCCUCCCACCAUCACUUGGUUCAAGGACGAAGUCCAACUGAUGAACAAUCAGCAUUAUAGGAUCUCCAAAUUCAGGACAUCAGACGAGUUCACGGAAACUACUUUGCGCGUAGUCACAAUUGAUCAGCGACACUACGGCACUUUCACUUGCAAGGCGCAGAACAAACUGGGCACUGCCGCGGGCCAGGUUGAACUAUCCGAAGCCAUAGAACCGGUAUGCCCCCCGGCUUGCGGUCAUCAUUAUCUACCGGCCGUGUUGCCACUUGGGGAGCUAUUUAUGUCGCUUAUGUCGCUAAAAGAUUCGCCAAUCCCCGAUGUUAACAACACUGGCCUUCAUCAAGACCCUGAGAUAAACGGCUCCAACAAAGCACCAGAAAUUCAAGAAAGUUGAAACUGCUUCUGGCAGCUAAUCUCUUUAUUUUAAAAAGAUCAAAAAAGUGAACAAACCAUACAAAUUUACUUGGGACUCUAAAAAAAAAUACGUAAUACACUUCUAUACCACCUCAAAUGGCUUU